UCAUCGAACACUUUCCGGGCAUAAACAAAAACAUAUAACAACAGAUUAGACCUUCAAUUUUCUCACACACAUUUCAUCAAACACUUUGAUUAAAGAUAAAAGCGGAAGUUCUAUAUUAAAUUAUUUUUAAAUAUAAAAAUAUAUCAUUGGAUGACUAAAAAGGAAAGUAUAUCGUAUAAAUUAAGUAUAUAUUAACCCGUUAAACUGUCAGCCCUUCAAUUUCCAUACAACCCAAUUUCACUUUUCUCACACACAUUUCAUCGAACACUUUCCCGACAUAAACAAAAAACAAAAACAUAUAACAAUAGAUCAUACCUUCAAUUUUCUCACACACAUUUCAUCGAACACUUUCCAGGCAUAAACAAAAAACAUAUUAAACCUUCAAUUUUCUUUCAGACAUUUCAUCAAACACUUUCCAGGCAUAAAAUGGCAUCACCAAAGAAACCACCAACACCAACAGCAAUAAUGCACCAACCAGCAUCACCACGUUUCCCUCCAAGCACACCAACAUCAAACGCAAAUCGCAAAAUCGCAAUCGCCGUUGAUUUAAGUGACGAAAGCGCUUACGCCGUUAAAUGGUCCGUUGAAAACUACCUACGUCAUGGUGACGCCGUUAUUCUCCUUCACGUUAGACCAACAUCCGUUUUAUACGGUGCUGAUUGGGGCUCAAUAAAUGCAACUGAUACAAAUGAUGAAAAAUCAAAGCAAAAAUUAGAAGAAGAUUACGAUAAUUUUACGAGUAAUAAGUCUAAUGAUUUGGCACAACCAUUAGUUGAUGCGAAUAUUCCGUAUAAGAUUAGGAUUGUUAAGGAUCAUGAUAUGAAAGAGAGGUUAUGUUUGGAGAUUGAGAGGUUAGGGUUGAGUGCUGUGAUUAUAGGGAGUCGAGGAUUUGGCGCGAUGAGGAGAGAGACGGAUGGAGGUAGGCUUGGGAGUGUUAGUGAUUAUUGUGUUAGACAUUGUGUUUGUCCCGUUAUUGUCGUGAGGUAUCCUGGUGGUGAUGAUGGUGCUGAAGGUCUAGGCAAGGGCGACUCAAUAAAGUUAGCGGAAAAGGAGACUGAGGGGGAGGAUUCCAUGUAUCAUGAUGCAUCAGAUAAAGGAACGGAUACGGAGAAGGCUUCUUGAAUAAUGAAGACGGUGUGUAUGUUUCAGUACUGACAAAAUGGCCUUCAAUGGUGUUGACCGUGCCAGUGAGAAAUGAAUUUGGUGGUUCUCUAUCUCUCUUUCUGCUAAAUGUCCUCUGCUGUGUUUCAAGUUCAUCAAGUUUGGCCUUCAUAUUCAUGAGCUUUCUUCUCUUUUUUCUUUUUCAUUUUCCUCUUUUCUUUUUUUGGGGUGGGGGCGUUGUUUUAGGUGUUUGAAUAGGUUGCCUGUUUUCUGUGUGCAAUAACCAACUUUCUGGAGCUGCUAUAUAAGUUCACGGUUUCUGGUUGA